AUGGCUAUGUACACCCUCCUUCGUCGUGCCUCCGCCGCCGUUAUUCCUCUGGCUGGGCGCCGCACGGCGGUUUCAUCUUCCAGAACCUUGCACAGCGCACUCUCUGUCAAACUCCUUCCUCACCAAGAGAUGACUCCUUUUGUUCCCUCUCGUAGCUUCGCUAACGCCGUCGCAAAGAAAUCGAGCGCAGAUGAUAAUCUUGUUCAAAUACUUCAAUCUGAAAUCAAUUGCGCCCUCGAGGAUAAUCAAGCUACUGAACAAGUUGAAAUUCCUAUUGGAUUUCCUUUUGAGAUUGAAGACAAUCCUGGAGAAAGAACUAUUCGACUAAAAAGACAAUACGACGAUGAAAUCAUCACAGUUCAAGUUGACAUCCCUAACAUGACACCUGAAGAAAACGAGGGCGACGAGGAUGCAGAUGACAAUGAGAAGAAUGAUACUGAAUCUAGCAUUCCUUUGGUUGUGACUGUUUUCAAAGGAAAUGGGGUGUCCCUAGAGUUUGGCUUGACUGCUUUCCCAGACGAGGUUUCGAUUGAUAGCUUGUCGAUAAAGAAGCCUGACGAUUCUGAAGACGAGCUGGUAUACGAGGGACCUGAGUUCACUGAUUUGGAUGAAAAUCUGCAGAAGGCUUUUCUCAAGUAUCUUGAGAUCCGGGGGAUAACAGCCGGCACAACCAACUUUUUGCAGGAAUACAUGUUUAACAAAGACAACAAGGAAUACUUAUUGUGGCUGAAGAAAGUGAAGAGCUUCGUCCAGUAA